AUUUCUGGUCUAGCGAUCGAUGAAAGCAGAGUACGCUGUUUACUCAACCUUGUGUCAUUAGAAAGAGAUGAUUAUCCUGAUUAUAAUGGUGACUUUAAAAAAUAUAUAUAAACAUUGCGAAAUAUACCAGCAUGCCUCUCUAUAAGAAAACAAGGGGGAGCUCAGCGUUCCAAGGGAAACAAGUAUUUCGGGGCUAGCGUUUGAUGACAACGGAGUACGCUGCCCAGCAUUACACAAUUAGAAAGAGGAGCUUCAUGAUUAAAAUGGUGUCCGACUUGUAAAAUUCAAAUAUACACACUGCGAGAUAUUAUGUAAAAACAAACAUACCUAUCUAUAUUUCCCCUACUGGAGGAAACAAUGGGAUGACCUCAGAGUUCCGUUGACCCGAAGGACUUCAUGCUAACGGGGCUGAAGGAUGCCACGGUGGGCCGUCUGCCAGGCAAGCUGAACGGACAGCAGUUUGUCAUCCAGGACUGUGACAACUGUAAGAUCUUCGUGUUGGACCACUCCGCCACCAUCACCAUCGACGACUGCACUAACUGCUGCAUCGUUAUGGGGCCAGUGAAGGGCAGUGUGUUCUUCAGGGACUGUAAGGACAUCAAGUGUGUGGUGGCCUGCCAGCAGUUCAGGACCAGGGACUGUCAGAAGAUGGAGGUGUUCCUGUGUUGCGCCACUCAGCCCAUCAUCGAGGCGUCCACGGGGAUGAAGUUCGGCUGCUUCCAGUACUACUACCCCGAGCUGGCCUUCCACUUCAAGGACGCAGGCCUCAGCAUCUUCAACAACAACUGGAGCAACGUCCAUGACUUCACGCCCGUCUCAGGGGAGACCAACUGGAGCCUGCUGCCUGAGGACACUGUGGUGUUGGACCAUGUUCCAGCCCCUGACCUGGAGUCAGAGUUUAAAUCAGUCCGGAUCUCAGCUGAGGCAUCCCGCAGCAUCGUGCCCAUGACCAAAGGAGGCAGACGCAAGGAGAGUGACGAGUCCUGUCUGUUUGUGUUCUUCUCUGGGGACUACACCACUGCUAACGCCCGGAAACUCAUUGAUGAGGCCUCUGGGAAAGGGUUUGUGCUGAUCCAGACUAAGGAAGUGUCCAUGCGCCCCGAGGACGUCAGCAGAGUGUUCCAGAACGAUGCAGAGGGACUCCUCGAGUGGAUCACCAACGGCCCAGUGACAGCUCUGGAGUUGAAUGGGGACGGGGUAGUGGAGGCCUGCAAGAGCAUGGCCAGUGACAUGUUCAGUGGAACCAAGGUGUUUGUUUCAGACAACAGAAAUACUUCCUCUCGAGAUGUGGACAACUUCUUCAACUUCGCUGACAUGCAGAUGGGCUUGUGAUUGAGUCACAGUAUGACAAUCAACUUACUACACAACCAAGGACUUUUUUGUUAUUUUUUAUACUAGUAGGUAGCGGAGAAGGACAGGUUAAUCAUCAGAAUGAUGGUAGGUAGCGGAGAAGGACAGGUUAAUCAUCAGAAUGAUGGUAGGUAGUGGAGAAGGACAGGUUAAUCAACAUAGUGAUGGUAGGUAGCAGAGAAGGACAGGUUAAUCAACAUAGUGAUGGUAGGUAGUGGAGAAGGACAGGUUAAUCAUCAGAAUGAUGGUAGGUAGCGGAGAAGGACAGGUUAAUCAUCAGAAUGAUGGUAGGUAGUUGAGAAGGACAGGUUAAUCAACAUAGUGAUGGUAGGUAGUGGAGAAGGACAGGUUAAUCAACAUAGUGAUGGUAGGUAGUGGAGAAGGACAGGUUAAUCAUCAGAAUGAUGGUAGGUAGCAGAGAAGGACAGGUUAAUCAUCAGAAUGAUGGUAGGUAGUUGAGAAGGACAGGUUAAUCAACAUAGUGAUGGUAGGUAGUGGAGAAGGACAGGUUAAUCAACAUAGUGAUGGUAGGUAGUGGAGAAGGACAGGUUAAUCAUCAGAAUGAUGGUAGGUAGCGGAGAAGGACAGGUUAAUCAUCAGAAUGAUGGUAGGUAGUUGAGAAGGACAGGUUAAUCAACAGUGAUGGUAGGUAGUUGAGAAGGACAGGUUAAUCAACAUAGUGAUGGUAGGUAGCGGAGAAGGACAGGUUAAUCAACAUAGUGAUGGUAGGUAGCGGAGAAGGACAGGUUAUUCAACAUAGUGAUGGUAGGUAGCGGAGAAGGACAGGUUAAUCAACAUAGUGAUGGUAGGUAGCGGAGAAGGACAGGUUAAUCAACAUAGUGAUGGUAGGUAGCGGAGAAGGACAGGUUAUUCAACAUAGUGAUGGUAGGUAGCGGAGAAGGACAGGUUAUUCAACAUAGUGAUGGUAGGUAGCGGAAAAGGACAGGUUAUUCAACAUAGUGAUGGUAGCGGAAAAGGACAGGUUCAUUAGUUAUAACGAGCAGCCAGGGGAAAAACGCUGUAUUAGUUAUUUGGCUAUUUGAAUUUCUUGAAAUUCAAGAAAGUAUUCUCUUGUUUAUAUUGUGUAUAUUUUGGUCUUCGCUGUUCUGUUAGGUAAUUUUGGUGUGUGUGUGUGUGUGUGUAACACACAUUGAAACCAUUGUGGUGAAUGAUCGGUGUAGAGUGAAGUUGCCCCUAGAUUCUGAUCUUGAAUCAGUUUUGCAUUUCCCCCACUGUUUUAUGUUAGGAUUUGUGGAGGUGAAGAGCUGAUCCAAGAUCUGUUCCUAGGGGAAACUUUACCCCGUACAUCAUGUGUUUUCUCUUCGGUAUUUGUUAGGGUCCUUGCUAUUUGGGAUGCUUGGGACGUCCCAACAAUGUCAUCCCAUUCAAGUUGAAAUUUAAACUAGUCUAGGUAAGGGUUAAGGUUAAGGGCUCAGACACAGCAGUAGUGUUUUCUGGCCCAGAGUACUUGGCCCCUCUGAACGUAAUUUGUGAACCGAGUGCGCACAGAUUUUACAUGUAGAAUCAGGUGAAAUGUGUCUGUGGUCAGACGUCUAUAAAGGGUGGUCCCUAAAACACAGUGCUCUGAACGAUCGACAGACGAACGCUAAAUCCCCAUUCGGUGCCAUAUGUGCAAACCUUUCAAGUUAGGUUUAGGGUAGGGACGUCCCAACCAUUCCCGAUAGCACUAACCCAUUAGUUUGUGUGUUUGGUUGAGCAGCAAGACGCCGGGACUUCCUUAGUGGUUACCUGAGUUACCUGUGUUGUUUCCAGACACGUUGUCAGGGUGAUACUGGUGUAAAUAGCUGAUUGGACAAUGCUGUGAUUGAGUACAGGGGUGUAUUCACUAGGAAAUUAACAGAAGCAAGCGGGACAAAAUGGGGAGGAGACCUACCUAAAAAAUGUUUUGCUACAGUUGGUGUGCACAAAUAGACACCUCAACACUUUGGUUACACCAAUGUAGACUACACCUAUUAUGUAAAUAAUUAUUUCACAUGAAUUAAAUAAAUGUUCUUAGAAAGCAUUUAGAAUGUAUUGAAGACAGGAAGAGAUGUGGUAAUGUUGUUUUCUAUGGGACCAGACAGGAAGAGAUGUGGUAAUGUUGUUUUCUAUGGGACCAGACAGGAAGAGAUGUGGUAAUGUUGUUUUCUAUGGGACCAGACAGGAAGAGAUGUGGUAAUGUUGUUUUCUAUGGGACCAGACAGGAAGAGAUGUGGUAAUGUUGUUUUCUAUGGGACCAGACAGGAAGAGAUGUGGUAAUGUUGUUUUCUAUGGGACCAGACAGGAAGAGAUGUAGGUGGUAAUGUUGUUUUCUAUGGGACCAGACAGGAAGAGAUGUAGGUGGUAAUGUUGUUUUCUAUGGGACCAGACAGGAAGAGAUGUAGGUGGUAAUGUUGUUUUCUAUGGGACAGAACCUCAUCCCUGUGAUGAAAUUCCUGCUUCUCAAAUGGCGCCCUAGUCCUCUACUAUUGACCAGGGUAGUGCACUAUAAAAGGACUAGGGUGCCGUUUGGGAAGCACGGUAUACUUUAACAUUUUGUAUUUGUUGAAGGAAUGAUCUGAUUGGGACUUUGUAUUGCUAAAUGUUUCCUAUUCCUAUCUCUGUAGAAUCAAAUGAACAUGUCAUUACUAAUAUAUUAAAGAUCCAUUUGUAUGUGUUGUGUUUGAGA